GACAACGAGCGGUCGAUGGCGACGUCGUUUUUCACCUUUAGACCUAGUGCAGCUACUAACUUCAGUCUAUUACAAGCUCUUCCCUUGUGUUUCCUUCUUCCUGAAGCUACGAAUAGCAGAUGGAUCCAGGCCCACCCGGAGAGCGCCUACAACCUGGUGAACUCUCCGCACCUGAAGCCCGCCUGGGUCCUGGACCGAGCCCUGUGGCACCUCUCCUGCGACGUGGCCGCCGGGAGAUACCGAGACAGGGGGGUGCCCGCGCUGAUCGAGAACGAGCAUCACAUGCAUUGCAUCCGGAAAAUCAUUUGGGAGGAUGUUUUCCCAAAGAUCCAGCUCUGGGAAUUUUUCCAAGUGGACGUUGACAAAGCCGUUGAGCAAUUCCGAGGACUCCUCACACAAGGUACAGCACACACACCAGUGCGCCUGUCGGGUUUCCGAAAU